AUGGAGGAAGUAAGCAGUGCCUCUUUGGCGCAGUUACCGCACGAAAUGCUCAAAUUCGUUCUGCAACAUACGUCUGCUUCAGAAGGCGCCGCAAGACUGGGUCAAUUGUCCUUCCGUGCCAGACCUACCACCAUCAAUACACCGCACUAUCUUGUCCCGACAUCUCGAGGCGUGAUACCUCACCUGUCGCAGGAUAAUGUGCAGAGACACACCAAGAUUACGGCGGUAUAUUUGCCGCUGGAAGACUUCAUUGAGAAGUCGCAUGCCGAUGCGCCCAUCUACAGCACGCCUGUCCAGAAAGGCGAGUCACGGUUACGGCGGUACACAUGUCUACCUGACCAGUGUCUGUCCGUGGUAGGGCCUCGCCGAGUCCCGAGCAUCUCUCCUCCCGCGCAUAACACGAAUUCGUCGAUCGCGAUUUCAACCUCGUAUGGAUUCCGAUUUCUCGAGGUGCAACAGUACAACAAGGCGGUCAAGGACCUGGAUGUGGAUGUCUCGGUGAGUCUGGCUGACGUGGUCACCGCGGAGACGGCCAGCGCAAAGAGAAUCGAGAAGAGUGCCGACAGAACACAUGCCUGGCUUGCAGACAUGGUAGAGAGCCAGCGGGGUGAUGCCAGUGAAGCUACACCCGUGUUUGCCUCCAUUCCACCUCUCGAACCACAACUGUUGUCACUAUAUCUCUCCGACCUACGCGACGAAUACACAUCGCACAUAUCAGGAUUGUGCAUCUACUCGCCCUCCACCAUGGUCGCGGUACCGGAGGGUCUGCGGCAGCUACCGACAAUCUGCCUGGACGAUCCGCCGACGCCGCAAGCAGUGCUUGCGGCCAUCUACGCCGGCGUGGAUUUGAUCACCGUGCCGUUUGCGACCCAAUCCUCCGAGUAUGGCAUUGCAUUGUCCUUUUCUUUUCCCUUUCCAGGCUCGACGGAGCCGUGUCCCUCGGAGCAACCGCUCGGGACUGAUAUGUGGUCCACGACGCACGCCACUGAUCUGUCACCAUUGAGUCCGGACUGCGAAUGCUACACCUGCCAACGCCACCACCGAGCCUACGUCCAUCACCUGCUGCAGGCCAACGAAAUGCUGGCGUGGACGUUGCUGCAGAUCCACAAUUACAGCAUCAUCGAUUCUUUGUUCGCCAGUAUCCGCCGGAGCAUUGCACAAGGGACGUUCGACGCCGACGUCCAGACUUUCGGCCGAGCUUAUCGGUCCGAGUUGCCCAAACAGACCGGCCAAGGGCCCCGAGUACGGGGAUACCAGAUGAAGAGCGUGGGCCGGGGCGAGCCGAAGAAGAAUCCCCGGCAGUACGGCAGACUGGACGACCAGGUGCAGAAGCUGGCGGAAGCGGAGUCUGGCGUGGCCACCCCAGACGGCGAUGCUGAAGAUAUCGAGAAACAUGGGUUGGCAAAACGGGUAGAAUAG